GCUUCCGGAGGGUGGGGGCUGGAGGACUGGCUCAGCAUGAAGAGUGUGUUUCCGGGUUGAGCCCCGGGAGGUGGGAGAAGGCGGCGUUUCCGGCCGCGGUCGCUGUCCAGGGAGGCUGAGGCAAGAGGGAGCUGUCCCGGUGGGGAGCCAGCACUUCCUUCUUUCUCUUCCUCCUCCUCUGCGUGAGGGGAGAGAAGGUUGGGGGCCCCCCGAGCCCAUGGAUCGGGAGGAGGCGGAGGCCGCCGAGAGCCGGCACCCCUCUAUGUGGCCCUGAGCCCCGUGUACUGGUUCCGCCUCUCUGGAAGGCCAUGGAGAAGAGACUGGGAGUCAAGCCAAGUCCUGCUUCCUGGGUUUUGCCAGUAUAUUGUUGGCAGACAUCAGUGAAGCCACUGAGAAGCCUGUACCUGCUUUACAGUUUCUUCUACUUCAGCGUUCUGUGGUUGUCAACAGAUGCUAAUGAGAGCAGAUGCCAUCAGGGGAAGACACUUUAUGGAGUUGGCUUGAAAGCUGAGGGAGAAAAUCACCUCCGGCUUCUUCAAGGAAGUCUGCCUUUCCAAGCCUGUUGGGCUGCCUGCUGCCAGGACUCUGCCUGUCACGCUCUGUGGUGGCUUGAAGGGAUGUGCUUUCAGGCCGACUGCAGCAAGCCCCACAUCUGCCAGCCUUUUAGGACAGACUCUUCCAAUUCCAUGCUGAUAAUUUUUCAAAAAUCCCAAACUGCAAAUGAUUUGGACCUUCUGCCUGAAGAUAAUGAACCACAUCCUCUGAGGCUAGGCUGGGGCAGGACAUCGUGGAGGAGGCAGCGCUUUCCCAGGGCUCCCCUCACCCUUUCUGUACCCUCUAGUGACCACCAGAGCUUACUCAGGGAACGUCAGAAGAGAGAUCGUGUCGGUGUGGCGUCUACACAUGUAGCAAUACAGCAUCCUAAAGUGAAUCGCUCGGAGGCAGCAGGUGUUGUGAAUCCCAGCGCCUCUGCAGAGGUCCGCAAAAAUGUUACAGUUCCUGGUUCCUUCACCAGUAACCACACUACACAGACUCCUGAUUGGCCCAAGAAUAUGUCCAUCCAUCCUGAACCAUCCGAGCAUUCCAGUCCUGCAUCCAGUACUCAGCAAGUAAGAAGCACUGAGCACAGUCCAACUGAUGCCCCACUUCCAGUGGCCCCCUCCUACAGCUAUGCCACCCCCACACCCCAGACCUCUUCCCAGAGCACCUCAGCACCACACCCAGUUAUAAAGGAACUGGUGGUGUCUGCUGGGAAGAGCGUCGAGAUCACCCUGCCUAAGAAUGAAGUUCAGUUAAACGCCUUCGUUCUCCCAGAACCAGAGUCGGGAGAAACCUACACCUACGACUGGCAGCUGAUCACUCAUCCUACAGACUACAGUGGAGAGGUGGAGAGGAAACAUUCCCAGAGCCUCCAACUGUCCAAGCUGACUCCAGGCCUGUAUGAAUUCAAGGUGACUGUGGAUGGCCAGAAUGCCCAUGGGGAAGGCUAUGUGAACGUGACAGUGAAGCCAGAGCCCCGUAAGAACCGGCCUCCGGUUGCUGUGGUGUCACCUCAGUUCCAGGAGAUCUCGCUGCCAACCACGUCCACUGUCAUCGACGGCAGCCAGAGCACGGAUGACGAUAAAAUUGUCCAGUACCACUGGGAGGAACUUAAGGGGCCUCUGAGAGAAGAGAAGAUCUCUGAAGACACAGCCAUACUAAAACUAAGUAAGCUCGUCCCCGGGAACUACACCUUCAGCCUGACUGUUGUUGACUCUGAUGGGGCGACCAACUCCACCACAGCAAGCCUCACUGUGAACAAAGCUGUGGACUACCCUCCUGUGGCCAAUGCAGGCCCCAACCAAGUGAUUACCCUGCCUCAGAACUCCAUCACCCUCUUUGGAAACCAGAGCACUGAUGACCAUGGCAUCGCCAGCUAUGAGUGGUCACUCAGCCCGAGCAGCAAGGGGAAGGUGGUGGAGAUGCAGGGAGUCAGAACGCCGGCCCUGCAGCUGUCUGCCAUGCAAGAAGGAGACUAUACCUACCAGCUCACAGUGACUGACACCGCAGGACAGCAGGCCACCGCCCAAGUGACAGUGAUUGUGCAGCCUGAGAACAACAAGCCUCCUCAGGCAGAUGCAGGCCCAGACAAAGAGCUGACCCUACCCGUGGACAGCACAACCCUGGACGGCAGCAAGAGCACAGAUGACCAGAGAGUCGUCUCUUACCUUUGGGAGCAGAGCCGGGGUCCUGAGGGGGUGCAGCUGGAGAACGCCAACAGCAGUGUUGCCACUGUGACUGGGCUGCAAGUGGGGACUUAUGUAUUCACCUUGACUGUCAAAGAUGAGAGGAACCUACAGAGCCAGAGCUCCGUGAAUGUCAUUGUCAAAGAAGAAAUAAACAAACCACCAGUAGCCAAGAUCGCUGGGAAUGUGGUGGUUACCUUGCCCACGAGCACGGCCGAACUGGAUGGCUCGAGGUCCUCAGAUGACAAAGGGAUAGUCAGCUACCUGUGGACUCGAGAUGAGACAAGCCCAGCCGCAGGGGAGGUGCUGAAUCACUCAGACCAUCACCCUGUCCUCUUCCUCUCCAACCUGGUGGAGGGAACAUACACAUUUCACCUGAAAGUGACAGAUGCUAAGGGUGAGAGCGACACAGACCGGACGACCGUGGAAGUGAAGCCUGAUCCCAGGAAGAGCAACCUGGUGGAGAUCAUCUUGGAUGUUAACGUCAGUCAGCUGACAGAGAGGCUGAAGGGGAUGUUCAUCCGCCAGAUUGGGGUCCUCCUGGGGGUCCUGGAUUCCGAUAUCAUUGUGCAAAAGAUUCAGCCAUACACGGAGCAGAGCACCAAGAUGUUAUUUUUUGUUCAGAACGACCCUCCUCACCAGCUCUUCAAAGGUCAUGAGGUGGCAGCCAUGCUCAAGAGCGAGCUACGGAAGCAGAAGGCCGACUUCCUGAUAUUCAGAGCUCUGGAAAUCAAUACAGCCACAUGUCAGCUGAACUGUUCCGACCAUGGACACUGUGACUCAUUCACCAAGCGCUGUGUCUGUGACCCAUUUUGGAUGGAGAAUUUCAUCAAGGUGCAGCUGAGGGAUGGAGACAGCAACUGUGAAUGGAGUGUGCUCUAUGUCAUCAUUGCGUCCUUUGUCAUCGUUGUGGCCUUGGGGAUCCUGUCAUGGACUACAGUCUGCUGUUGCAGAAGGCAAAAAGGAAAACCCAAGAGGAAAAGCAGAUACAAGAUCCUGGAUGCCACAGAUCAGGAGAGCCUGGAGCUGAAGCCAACCUCCCGAGCAGGCAGCAAACAGAAAGGCCCUACACUGAGCAGUAGCCUGAUGCACUCUGAGUCGGAGCUGGACAGCGAUGAUGCCAUCUUUACAUGGCCAGACCGGGAGAAGGGCAAACUCCUGCAUGGUCAGAAUGGAUCUGUGCCAAACGGGCAAACACCAUUGAAGACCAGGAGCCCACGAGAGGAGAUCUUGUAGCCCCUUGAUCUGUCUCAACAGGCUGGGCCUCAGUGCUAGGGCCCAGAGCACCUCUACGCUGAUUCCUGACCUCCUGGGUCUGAGGGCAGCUGCUCUCCCAGCAUGUGCUGGUCACUCCAUCCCAAAAGCCCCCAUCAGAACUACUGGUACUUGAAUCCACAGAUACUUUAUAGGAUCCCCUGAAUGAAGCUGUGAAUGAAGAGGUUCUCUCUAUAAGCCUAUGUGGUAGGCCCCCCAAAAUGUCCUCAUCUCAGGGCCUUUCUGCACAUGCCUCCCUGCCUGAGAGCAGACACAAACAGCCCAUAGCCUCUCCUGCUGUUAGAGCAGUGCAGCUGGUCCCAGAACACACAUAAUGAGGUUUACUGUGUCUCCCCUGCACCUGGCACAAAACCAAGAGCCACCAGCCUCCUGAUGGCAGGGGCCUAGCCCUGGGCAUAUUCUUUUGUUUGCUUCUCUGGGACAGUAUGCCCUGCCUUCCCCAGGCCAAAAGAAAUCCGUGCUGCCAACUGUUGCUGGCGGUGACGCAGAGCUGCUGCUUGGCCCCUCAGCUUCGGCUGGUUUAUCAGGGAUAGCGGGGGCUGCUGGGGAUGACUACCAGUACCUGCUUCCAGGCUCAGGCCACCCGCAUUCUCCCAGAGGAGACAGCUACAGACUGCAACUCUGUGGCAUGUGAGUGCAUAUGUGUGACUGCCCCACUGUGGUACCUUCCGCAUCCUUCCAUCCAUGUCUUUUCUGUGUCCUUUGCACGUGUGAGUGCUUGAGUGUAUGUGUCCAUUCCUCAUAGGUCUCUUGGCUGCUCUCAAGGCAUUUCUAACUUGGGGACUUUCAGCUCCUUGAAAGACUAUUAAUCCCUCCAGCCCGAUCACCAGUUCCUCAGCCACAGUGUGGCAGCUGAGGAAGUGGGUUUCGGGAAGAGUGACUUUUUAAAAAGGACUUAAUUUCUACUACUGCACUAUCUGUUGUGAGAUAAUUAAACAUGCUAUUUAAUUGUG